CCAAAACCCUAAAACCCGCCCUCAGCUAGUCAGCUCAUCAUCUUUUUCUCUCUUUGAUGUCCCUCACCCUCUUCGGUCCGUCCAUUGCAAUGGCGUCCUAGAUCAAAUUCUAUUGAGAAGAAGAACGGCCGAUCUACCAAUCAACUCCAAUACUCACAAGCAAACGAGAUGGACAAAUCUUCGCUCAAAAUGGCUUUUGGAUGGCUGAAACAGCGUAGAGGAAGAAUGAAGGGAAUAUCUGAUGGAGGCGAGAAUAUUUGCUUCGGCAAAUACGCUCUGCAGGCACUUGAACCCGCGUGGAUCACGGCUAAACAGAUAGAAGCAGGACGGCGAGCACUCACACGGAACGUGAACCGCGGCGGCGGGAAAGUAUGGGUGCGUACAUUUGCCCACAAGUCAGUUUCAGGGAAACCCGCCGAGACGCGUAUGGGUAGAGGGAAAGGAGGUGUCAAAUAUAGCGUCGCUGUAAUUCAACCGGGUAAAAUCCUUUACGAAAUGGGCGGAGUAGCAGAAAAUAUUGCCAGAAAGGCUGUUUCAGUAGCGGCGUCCAAGAUGCCUAUACGGACUCGAUUCAUUGUUGAUUCCUUGACACCCUCAAGAGACCGUGGCUCGAAGCAUUGAGAAAUGGUGGCAGGUACGCAAUUAGAAGCCCAAGAGAGAAAAUUUUGAAUCUCUAGAUUCAUGGAACAUUGCACAUUUGAGAAUAAAUUGAAUUAUGAAAUUCAUGAAAUCUUAAACACAUGUUUAUGGGAUUCCUCUGUCUGUGCUACCAUGCCAUUAACAGCUCCAUUGCCAAGACAUUUUAUGUAAUGAAUGGUCUUCAUGAUUUCUUUUUUUUCAUCUCAUAUCUUUAUGAAGAUGAGUUGAGCAAAGAAGCUUAUAA